ACACUUGUUCCAAAACACACCUAACGAUGAUUCACUUGUGUUGUCCAUUUCCACUGGAAAACUACAAUAAAAAAAAAUACAGGAGUUUUUUAACAUCCUAUAUGCGAGCCAAUACAGAUGAAUUGUGUUUUUAAAUAGAUAAAACACCUUCAUGACCUAUUAUGGCUCUAAAAGGAACUUCACAGAAUCAAAGGAAUGUGCAGCAUUUGUUCGAGUUGAGGAUCAUCCUACUUGGAGGCCGAAAUUCUGGAAAGAGCUUAGUGGGAAAUGCUAUCUUAAACCAAGAAGAGUUUGUCCUCCAUGAACGGACCACUUGCCUAAAAAGAAAAGCCGAAGUACAAGGGAGAAGUGUGAGGGUGGUGGAUACCCCAGGUUGGUGGUGUGACUUCUCAGCACAAGACACACCAGAGCUGGUCAGGAGAGAAAUCAGACACAGCGUCUGUCUGAGUCUCCCAGGGCCUCAUGUCUUUCUCCUGGUGGUGAAAACAGACUCUGUGUUCAUAGAAAAGCGGAGGAGAGCCGUAGAAAAGCAUCUUGAGCUCUUCAGAGAAAAGGUUUGGAGUCACGUUCUGGUGCUGUUCACAAAAAGCAAAAACUCAGAAAAUAAAUCAUUUGAGGAUCUUGUUCAGGCAUCAGGUAAACCCCUCCAGUGGCUCCUGAAGAAAUGCAGUGGCAGGUUUCAUGUUCUUGAUACCCAGAAAACAUGCAAUGCCACCCAAGUAAUGGAACUGAUGGGGAAAAUCGACAAGAUGGUUGCAGAAAAUGAAAGACAACAUUUUGAAAUGGAUGUAAAGGCUUUACAGGAGAUAGAGGAUAGGAAGAGGGAAGUGGAGAUCAAGGCUCAUCAAAGACUGAUGAAGAUACAGAAACAGAGAUCUACUCUGAAGGUGCACUCAUCUCAUCACCAUAACAUAAGACUUGUCCUGCUUGGAGCAAAGGGCUCAGGGAAGAGCUUGACAGGAAACAGCAUUCUAGCAGCAGGAAGUGACCUAAGUUUUACAGCAAAGAAGCGGACCACGCGGUGCAUGAAGAAAACGUUCACAAUGUUGGAAAGAGAGGUCACAGUGGUGGACACACCUGGCUGGUGGAUGAACUACUUUACCCAGGAUUCUUCAGCUUUUGACAAACAAGAAAUUGUCAACAGUGUUUAUUUGUGUCCACCCGGUCCCCAUGCUUUCCUUUUGGUGGUGCGGUUGGACAGGUCAUUCACAGAGAUCUACAGGAGAGCCAUUGAAGAGCAUGUAGAGCUUGUUGGUAAGGACGUCUGGAAUCACUCUAUAGUGCUGUUCACCUUUGGUGACUGGCUUGGUGACACAACCAUUGAGCAGUACAUUGAAAGCGAAGGAAAGGCCCUCCAGUGGCUCGUGGAGAGAUGUGGAGACCGCUACCAUGUGCUAAACAACAAAAGCCUUGGGAAUAAGUUCCAGACAACAGAGCUACUGGAGAAGAUAAAGGAGAUGACAGCAGGGAAUAGCGUGAGACACUUUCAAACAGAUGAGAGUCUUUUUAAAGAGAUUGAGAGAAAACAGAAAGUACAGGAAGACAUGGCAAAGCUGCGACGUGAAAAUGUGCUGAGACGAAGAGAAAGCUUGAGAGCUUUUAAGAAUCAGGUGCGAUUGCCUUCAGCCAUAAGAGUUUUCCUCCUGGGCGGCAAGCACUCUGGUAAGACAUCAUCUGCAUGCUGCAUUUUGGGUAAUGAUGGACAAGAGGCUGACAGCCAAAAACCCAUUAGAGGUACGGUUAUGUUCAACAAGACAAAGGUUGAGGUCAUUGUCACAACAGGCUGGACAACUGAGUCUCCAGAUAAUGCAGAGUUCAGCAGCAAACUUCUCCAUGACUGGGUUUCUGGUUCAGAAAGCGGGAUCUGCAUCCUCCUGCUGGUUGUCAAUGCCAGUUCCUCAUUUACGCUAAAGAACCUGAAAGCAGCUCAGGACCAUCUGCAUGUUCUGGGAGGGAAAGCAUGGAGCAGCACCAUUGUGUUGUUCACGAAUGGAGACUGGCUCGGUGAUGUUAGCGUUGAGCAGUACAUUGAAAGUGAAGGAGAUGCACUUCAGACACUGGUGGAGAAAUGCGGAAAUAUAUACCAGGUUUUCAACAACAAGAUCAAAGCCAAUGGCACUCAGGUCGCAGAACUGAUGCAGAAGAUAGAGGAGAUGGUGUUAGAGCAGGUGCUAAACAGUGCAGAAAAUCAAGGGAACAUUAAACAACCUCGAGUACAUGGCGAAUUGAGGUUCAGAGGAAGGAUUGGGGAAGAAACACUUCUUAGAAGCUCUACAAACAUCCAUCAUGGAGAGCAUCAAAUGUUUGGGAUCUCUACAUCCAGUGAUCCGAGAAUUACCAUCACCGAUUCCAGCCCUUCGCAAAAUGAAAAUGAAUCACUGGCCUGCAGGAGUGUCCAAUUAUGUCGGACCUCGUUACCCAGAAACUUUCAUCGAGGACUAGUAGUGGUGCUCAACAGCUCAGAGUGGUUUCAGCCAAAUGAAUCAUGGAUUGGUGUGAAUAGGACAGAUGGACCUGAAGCAGGCUCUCUUGCUGUGCGCCAUGUUUCACCAACUGAGCAACCAAUGAAUGUACAACGAUUAUUCAGGAGUGAAUCACAGGAGGAAAAGUUUUGUGGGCCAGCCCUUCCAUAUUACCACACCAAUACACCUUGCACAGCUCAAACUGCAAAAGAAAGAGCCUUUAUAGAUUUUGUCCAAUCAGAGAGCCUGCAGAACCUAAUUGACCAAUGGGGUGACAGUAACAUUGAGGAGCUGGAGGCAUUCAUAGAUUCUUAUUUUGAGAUGGUGUGGCAGGAGAAAUGCAGCAGCCUGACAACAAUCAACUGUGAGAGUUCAAGCAUCAAUGAAAACGAUCAGGGACAUCUGGCCUCAAUUGACAGGAAACUGUCAAAACUUGACAUCCUGGAGGGAAUUCAAAGAGAAUUGCGGGAGCUGAAGCAAAGCAUCAGGCACUGUAGUAGAAUGUUUGAGGAACUGAAGGACAGAAGUAAAGAGACACAUGACCCCAGCCGACCUUCUGAAGCAACUGCGUCAGCAGAAAGUGAGGAAAGGGGUUGCUCAGAUGAAAAGUGAAUGGGGUUUUGCAGUACUGAAAUGAUAAAA